UUAGUAAACUAAUUUUGUUUUUGUAGAUUAACAAUACGUUGUAGGGUUUUUAAUAUUUUCUUUCUGCUCCUUAGCACUUGGCUUAAGUAAGCAUCUUUCUUUGGACACCAUUAGUGUAGACCUGACAUUUGAGAGGAAAUACGAAUUGAUCGCUGAGACCUGGACCCUGGCUGUGCCCUGAACUUCACUGGAGGAACAGGGCUGGAGUUAGACCGAGAAGAGGAAGCAGAUCUUUACAGAAAUCCUGCUUUAUAACAUGCUAGAAGAGGCCUGAGUGUUACUUAAAAAGCAACGAUGUAGAUUUGAUGGCCAAGAAACAAAAGGAUCUAAGUUCAUUACCUCAAAUUCAAGUGAUUUCAGUGACCCAGUUUACAAAGAGAUUGCUAUUACGAAUGGUUGCAUUAAUAGAAUGAGCAAGGAAGAGCUCAGAGCUAAACUUUCAGAAUUCAAGCUAGAAACCAGGGGAGUAAAGGAUGUACUAAAGAAGAGGCUGAAAAACUAUUAUAAGAAGCAGAAGCUGAUGUUAAAAGAGAGCAAUGCUGCCGACAGUUACUAUGACUACAUUUGUAUUAUUGACUUUGAAGCCACCUGUGAAGAGGGUAACCCACCUGAGUUCAUACAUGAAAUAAUUGAAUUUCCUGUCGUUUUACUGAAUACUCAUACUUUAGAAAUAGAAGAUACGUUUCAGCAGUAUGUGAGACCAGAGAUUAACACACAGCUUUCUGAUUUCUGCAUCAAUCUAACUGGAAUUACUCAGGAUCUGGUAGACGGAGCUGAUACCUUCCCUCAGGUACUAAGAAAGGUAGUUGACUGGAUGAAACUGAAGGAACUAGGAACCAAGUAUAAAUAUUCCAUAUUAACGGAUGGUUCGUGGGAUAUGAGUAAGUUCCUGAACAUUCAGUGCCGGCUAAGCAGGCUCAAAUAUCCUCCUUUUGCCAAAAAGUGGAUCAAUAUUCGAAAGUCCUAUGGAAACUUUUACAAGGUUCCUAGAAGCCAAACCAAACUGACAAUAAUGCUUGAGAAACUAGGAAUGGAUUAUGAUGGGCGGCCUCACAGUGGUCUUGACGAUUCUAAGAACAUUGCCCGAAUAGCAGUUCGAAUGCUUCAGGAUGGGUGUGAACUCCGAAUUAAUGAGAAAAUGCACGCAGGACAGCUAAUGAGUGUGUCUUCUUCAUUACCGAUAGAGGGCACUCCAGCUCCACAAAUGCCACAUUCUAGAAAAUAACAGCGUUUUUGCCCUUUGCCUGUGGAUCAUUCCCUCUAACUGGAGUUGCUACAAAGAGACAGCCGAUGAAUGCUUAUUGGAUUAGUCCUGCAGUGCAAAAUUUAAGCACCUUAAACAUUUAAAAUCUUAUUACAGCUAUAGCUCUAUAUAUGUAUAUGAGCAGAUUUUGUGGGAAGGGCAUAUCAAAUUCCUUGUCACCAGCACUUUUGAUAUGAGCAGUAUUUGUUACAUGGUAACAGUUCCUGCUUAGAACCGAAUUUUAUAAUUUAAGGUGUCCAAGAUGUAUUCCUUUUGGUUUUAAAAUGCAAAGAUUUAUUGGCUCUCCCUUUGAAUGUCAUAUCUUAUUGAUGCUAAGAUAUAUGAUGUAUUUCUAUGUUAACAUCAUUAGGUCAAAUCAUUUCUUAAAAUGCAGAAAAGAUUGGAAGGUGGGCCUAGUCUAGCCUUUGGGUUUUAAGAAUAUCAUAGUCCUUUUAAUUUUUGAAGUUUAUAUGUGAAGUUGAGCUGUGUGGUAAAUUUCAUGAAGUACUUUGUACACAUAUCUACUUAGAUUUCUUUUCAAUUCAUAAUUGGAAGACGUGAUGGAUUAUAGGGUCCGGUUAAAAAUUCAGUUACUGAUGAGAUUAAUGGAAAGUGAGAAGAGAACACUGUUUAAAGGAAUAUAAGGGCUGUAGCUCAAACUUUAUAACACAGAGAUAAAUCAGUGGGGUUUUUUGAGCUUGUUUUUUUGGUUCCCCUCCCUCUCAUAACACCUGUCUGCCCUAAUAGUUAAAUCGAAGAGACCAUGCUUUGAAAUAGACUUAAAAUUAGGAGUCACCACUUAAUUUUGCAUUUGUAUUCAACAUUAUGAGUGAGGUUAAUAAAGUCAAAUCAUGCUUUCUACCAUA